UCAAAAGGAAACGCAUUACUGCUUCACGGCAGAAAUAGGCAGGGUGGUAUUACCUACCCAUGCGAACUCACAAGACAGUACAUAUUUGUUUAGAUUGGUAUCUGCCUGUGGGAUUCCAACACCGCUGCAUAUGUAUGCACUGGGCGUCUUAUCCUUUAGGCCACGACGACUUCAAAUUAUGAGAUAGUUUCCUUCUUUCCCUAUUUAUUAGAUUAUAUCAUAACGUCCAGAAAUAAUUACACAAUUUCUAUAAUAUAAUAUAGUUUCCUUACUAUCACAAACCUUAUCCUCACGCUCGGUACUUUAUCUUUAAAAUCUUAUCUGAUGAUAUCUCGACGAUCGGAACAACACUUAUCACAGCGUCUGCAUAAUCAUUUCAACAUAAAUAUGAUCGAUCGUUGCAAUGAAUUGCAUAUUGUAGGACACAUCCCCUGAGUGUUUGUGUUAAAAUGUUGAAAUUGUUAAUCAUAUUGAGCACUCUGCUAUUCGAUUGCUGUCAUGUUACAAACGCCACUCUCCAAGAAUUACAGCAAACACAGCUGCCAUCCCUGACCGAGCGGAUGAACCAAAUGAUCAGUUCCCUGUACAGUCCAGCUUCGAAAUCGCAGCUGUCAACUACGUCAUCAGUAUCAACAGACUCCCCGUCUACAUCUACGAAUGAGUCACCCACAUACUCUUACCCAGCGGGCUCCCCACAGCUAGUUUUUUUCACACCACCAGCUCCAGUAUUCCCACCUUCAACUCCAUUGUAUUUAGAUCCCGGAAUGCAACCAGUUGAUUACGGAUUUCCUGGAGUCUCCAAUGCAUAUCCAAGAUCGGUGUUUCCAGUACCAUACGGCUAUGACUUAGGCUAUCACCCCGUUUACCCUCCUUACCCUUAUCCUCCACCUUAUCCAUACCCUCCAGUACCAAAGCCUAAUGAUUUUUAUCCGUAUCCGGAUUAUUCGCAACCGCAGCAUCGUCCGAAUCCACCACCAACACCCCUACCAUCACCUCCACCUCCUUACCUUGGUCCAUACUCCAAUAUCCCAUCUUACCCACCACAUUAUCAUCCUAUCCCACCUUCGUAUCCAGCUAAUUUUACUCCUUAUCCUCCAAAUCCUUAUCCGAAACCUCAUGACCUAACCCCAUCAACAUCUUAUCCUUAAUUUAUUAAUCUUAAUUAUUGUAGAUUUAAAUAAUUUAUUUUUAUGUAAAUCACAU